UUUCAAGAUGGCGGAUUACUGUUCUGUUCAAGCAGUACUCUGCAAUUGUAAAGUACUCGUCUUUCUCGUGAGAAUCCACAUAAUUGGAUCAUGUCAAGGCUUAUUGUUAGGAACUUACCAAAGAACAUAAAGGAAGAAAGGAUCCGUUCUGUUUUUGAGGCAAAAGGAGAAUUAACGGAUGUCAAAUUAUGUUAUACAAAGGAUGGCAAGUUUCGACGAUUUGGGUUCAUUGGGUAUAAAACUGAAGAAGAAGCGAAAUCUGCUCUGAACCACUUUAAUAAAUCGUUUAUAGAUACCUCAAAGAUAUUCGUAGAUGUUGCUAAAAACCUUGGAGAUGAAACACUUCCACGGCCUUGGAGCAAAUAUUCGCAGGGCAGUUCUGCGAAUGAGAGACUGAAGAAGAACCUCGAAGAAAAGAACGAGAAGUUAAUAACCCAGAACUCAGAAGGCAUCAAAAUAGAAAAUUGUGAAUCGGAUGGGUUAGAGAAGAAAAAAGAUAAGAAAAAGAAAAAGAGAGCGAAAAUUUUAGGUGAUCUGGAGGAUGAUGUUGAAUUUCAGGAAUUCUUAAAUGUGCAUAAAAACCGUGGCUCAAAGCAAACCUGGAGCAAUGAUAACAUAGAACGUGGAGAGCCAGAAUCAAGUUUAAAUCAGAUAUGCGAGGGAAGAGAGGAGAUUUCAGUACAGAAUAAGGUACGUAGCUAAUGACGUAUAUAUUGGGACGGCUAAGCUGCAGAAUACCCUGCCACUCAUUUACAUGUCAUUGAAUAUGAAUAACGUUUAUUGUGUUAUGCCUUGUUCUUCAAAGCUUCCCGACACAUGUGGUGGGCCAAAGUGGCAAGGGUAUUCUGCAGUUACUCCUAUUGGGACUAAACCAAAGAUCUCCAUGGCUUAUUUCAGCUAAUGUAGGUCACAUUUGGAUUGGCACAAGUCUUCCAAGACCCUCUUGCUUUUUUGCUCAGCUUGGGCCAACUUUUAAAAGAAUGGAUGAUACUCUUCUCCAGAUGAAUCGUCAUUCAGUCUGAAGUGUCAACUGUUUCGUUCAAUUGAUACACUUCUUGAUGAAGGUUUUUCUUGUCAUUCACAUUAUUUAUUCUCUUAAUGACUGGACAAUGGUUUAACCUAACUUUGCAUUUUUUCAAUUUUUAGCAUUCUGAGGAACAAUUAAAAUAUGAUUAUUCUGAUGGAAGUGAAAAUGAAGAUGAAGUCUAUGAUGUAGCAGGUACAUGUGUUUUGAAAGGAAAACCAGGCUUCGUUGGCCUGCAAUCUUCUUUUACCUUUCUUUGUUCUUCCUCCACAGGAAGCAAACUAAAGCAAGAGAUGACCUUAGAAUUGAUUUACCAUAGAUUUUUCAGCAUGAAAAUAGCUGUAAAUAGCAACUAUUUGUUAUCGAUACAAACUUGGCAAUUCUAUCCGUCUUAAAAAGUAUCAACUGAACCCUUUCUCCACAAGGUUCUGAAAAUGAAUUCUGUAUUUUGUCUGCUAUACAUUUCCAAUAAUUUAACCUUAAGAACUUGGCAUUUGACAAAAUAUUUUCCUCUAGAUGAUAGUGUUUCUUCUUUUUACCUUUCUGCAUGACAAUGUAUUGCUCUUUGUAGGAGAUAAUUAUAUUUUGUGACUGUAGGGAGAGAAAGAAUCAGCUAGAGUUUGUUUCAUUGGAAAAUCUGUGUUGUUGCAGGAGUUAAAGGAGUUACAGAGGAAGAGAAUUAUUCAAAACACAAUGAGGAAGAUGAUGAGGAAGCCAAAAUGGCCAAGGAUUCUAAACUGUCUGAUAUGGAUUACUUAAAAUCAAAGGUUGUUUCAAACACACAGAAUCCUCUCAAAACUGAGAAAGGCAAAAAAUCUCAGAAGAGGAAAAGAGUUGAUGGAAAGGAUGAAGAGGAGAGAAAUAAAGAAAACUUUGGUGAGGAAUCUUUGGAUACUAGAAGAAGCGAAAAUGAGGAAGACAGUAAUGAUGGUGAUGAUGACAAGGAUAAUAAUGAUGGUAGUGAUGAUGAUGAUGAUGGUAGUGGUGGCAGUGACACAAAUAAUAAUGAUAAGGACAGUUCAGAUACUGUUGGUAAUGUAGAAAAAAUCAAGACUGCUAGUCCAAUAGAUGCUGUAUUUGGAACAAUAAAAAUGAAAGGGUUACCCUUCAAAGCCAAAAAGAAACACAUCAGAGACUUUUUUGCGCCGCUGAAAGUGCUGGAUAUAAGAAUAAUUAAAAAUCACCAAGGAAAGCCCACAGGCUGCGGUUUUGUAGAUUUUUCAAAUGAGAAGGAUAUUAAAGAGGCACUCAAGAGAGAUCGGGAUUUUAUCCAGGGUAGGUACAUUGAGUUGUCUAGAGUCAAAGAAGAACAGCAAUUGAACCAGGAGACAGAGAAGAAUAAACCUUGGAUGAAGAAACUGGCAGCUCAAGGAGAAGAGGGUGAAUUUGAAAGCAUUGCAGAGGUGAGAGAUGGUGAAGAUGGUUGUUAGCUAAAAGAGAGAUUACCUCCAAAAACGGAAGGGCUGGUUAUUUAAACAAAGGUUAAUUGUUGUUUAACAAAAAUGUUUUCUAAGCCAUCUUCAGUUUAGCUGAACCUUUUAUUAGAACACAGAAUUGUUUUAGUGAACAGUGUCAGGAGGGACAAAAGCAAAUAGUGGAAGGACAGUUAUUUGAUUAAAUCAACCCUCUUAUAGAGAAUCCCUGAGACCCGCUGCUUGCAUAAAACUGCAGUUUGGGUUAGACCUCAUGUGAAUAACUGGCCCUAAAUCAUUACAUGCAAUGAUGUUGGAUGCCUGUGUGGCAAGUUAAGGACUAAGUUUUCCCUUUUGUUUUUUUGGCCCAAAGUUUCUUUCAUCUAGAAAAGUCGAGAACAAUCAGUAAAAAAUAACGAGAUUUUGGCAAAAGAACCAGCUUUAAGUUUGUUAGAGGUGUAUUUUACUGUACAGCCACCCCCCUCCUCUCCCUGAAUAAACCAGACAUUCCUAGUUACUUUCAUUCGGAUGUGAGAAGCUAAUUUACAGUUGUGUGUACCAUAGUGGACUCCCAAGAUAUUCAUAUUGUAUUGAUAUCGUAAGGAGAAAUUCUGUCUUGAUCAUACUCAUGGGAAUUAAAGGGUUGAUACAGACACCUAAGGGUACAUGCUCUAGAGUUUUUAUUACUGGGGUGUCUUUGUCAAGCUAGGUGUCCAUGGCAGCUAGCUUGUUACACUCCAUAAAAUGAUACCAUUGUAUUUUGUGUUUAGUCUGGCCGUCUCUUUCUCCGCAACUUGGCCUUUAGUUGUUCAGAGGAAGACUUGCAAAACCUGUUUGACAAGUUUGGUCCUCUAACAGAGACAUAUCUACCCCUGGACAAGACUACAAAUAAACCCAUAGGAAUUGGGUUUGUCACAUUUGUUAUGCCAGAGCAUGCUGUGAAGGCUUUCAAUGAACUUGAUGGCAAAGUAUUUCAAGGAAGACUGCUCCACAUAUUACCAUCCAAGGCCAAGGAAACUAAAGAAGACGAAAAAACAGGUUUGUUGUUUAGCAAGUGAGAUAAACUUGGUAGUAAAUAAUUGUACUACGUCUCUGCAAACUGCUCUGUAUGUACUGCUCUAAAGUCAAGGUGCUGCAGCUCGUGUUGCAAUCAUACACACAGAGGCACUUCCUUUUCACAGGUGCUUUGGGUGUGGGGGUGUCUGACUAAUAAUUUAUAUUACAGUGUUGGCAAGGGUACCUUAUAAGGAAUAGUUUUGUGGAAUAUCUUCACAGAUGCAGCAACAUCCUUCAAGUCGAAGCGUGAUGCAAAAAAGAAAACUCUCAGUGGUCAUGACCACAAUUGGAACACAUUAUUUUUGGGAAUGAAUGCUGUUGCUGAUGUGAUGGCUGAUCAGUAUCACACCACUAAGGGUAGCAUUCUAGAUGAUGCUUCUUCCAGAAGUCUGGCUGUACGCAUGGCUCUUGGGGAGACACAAGUUGUUACAGAGACAAGGAAGUUUCUCAUGUCUCAAGGUGUCAAGCUUGAUGUUUUUGGACAGGUGUGUGGUUAGCAUUUGAAUUUUUGUUACUUGUACUCUCUUUUAUUCACAAAUUUUGUCUGAAAAUGUUGGACAUGAAAAUAUUUCUCUUAUUUUUUUCUAACAAAGUGACUGGUUGCAUCCAGAUACUUGAGAUAGAAGAGUUAUAGAGAAUUUUUUUUACAAGUUAAAAUGGUUGACAAUGGAUCAUAACAGUACCUUGAGAAAAUUGUGGGGUUUAACCCUUAAACUCCCAAGAUCUCAUCUGUAAUUCUCCUUACUGUCUGCCAUACAGUUCUUGUGAUUUCAGUCUGGAGAAUUUGGUAUUGGAUCAACUCAUAUUCCCCUAAUUGGUAUUUCUGAGAAAUUCUGUCUUGGUCACUCUUUGGAGUUAAAGGGUUGAUUUAUUGGUAGUGGGAAAGUGUAAAGGGUAUCAAUGAUUUUAAAUUUCCUCAUACAAAAGAAACUAGACUGAGGUUCUUGAUUAAAAACCUAUGUUUAAACAUUUUAGACAAGUUUGUUUUUACACUACAAAGACUCCAUUUGUAAAAGAUUAUACUGUAAGGAUAAAUUACAGAUAAUCUUGUUUGUUUCUUGUGUUAAAUAUAGCCUGCGGCAAAAAGAAGUAAGACUGUCAUGUUGGUGAAAAAUCUCCCUUUCAACACAUCAAGUGAAGAGCUGAUGAACAUUUUUUCACCGUUUGGAAAAGUGGCAAGGCUUGUGUUGCCACCAUCAGGAAUCACAGCUCUUGUAGAGUUCUUUGAGCCAAGCCUAGCAAAGAAGGCCUUUCAAAAGUUGGCAUAUAGUAAAGUAAGUUCAUAACUAAAGCCUUUGAUUGUUAUUGCUUUAUUGAAGAGCCCUUUUUUGUUUUACAUCAUCGUGAGACAUUGAGGGAUGUAGCCUGCAUAAUCAGGCAUGAUAUUGGGCUCAAGGCUUUCUUGGUGAAAAUUAUAGCUGCCAUCGUUUGAUUUAUCGAGCAGUGGUAGGCUAGGGUGAGGAAGAAAUUUGUACCAAGGGGGUGAGUGAGGGUCAAAAGGAAAGAGAGGGGAGGUGCUAGGGGUCUAUUUCUCAUGGGAUUCCAGGUCAAAAAGGUGGAAGUGUAAAGCACUGAUGAGAGUCAUUGUGUUGUGUUUGUGGACAAGACACUUAAAUGUCACAGUGCACAUCCCCUCUCAGGAGUGUAGAUGGGUGCCAGCAAAUGAACGGGGAAAGAGACAAAUUGUUACGUUAGGGGGAUCUAUUGCAGACCAGCAUUCCUUUCAAGGGGAGUGGCAAUAUUCUUAACUGUAUCCUGCUUCAGAAACAGGGACAUAUGCCAUUUGUCCUCUGUUAAGACUUUUUUUUCAAUAGAUCGCUGAUGACAUUUUUUUUCUCUUAAUAGUUUAAACAUGUUCCAUUGUACUUGGAGUGGGCUCCUUUGGGUGUUUUCUCGGAAAAACCUGAAGAAAAGAAAGAAGAAGAGAUAAAAACGGAGAAAAAAAUGACUAUUGACGAGGUGAUAUUCAUAGCUAAGCUUUUGAGUUUCUUUUCUACCUAUAAAAUACACCAUAGCUCAGAGAUUUUAAAGACUAGUGGAAAAUAACUCGACGACUUCUGUUUGUUUAUUCAGCAGGGAAAAGAAGCAGCAGAGGAUAAAGGAACAGAUGUUGACGGCGAGGAUGUUGAUGAUUCAGAAAAUGCGGAAGGCACAACUGUUUUUGUAAAAAACUUGAACUUUGAAACAUCAGAAGAAACGCUGAAAGAGGUAAGGUUACUCUCAGUUCGUUCAAACAAAAACACAUAUUAUCUUUUGUCUUAAGUUAUAAAACUUAAAACAGUUAAGACUACACAACUUUAAUCGUGAUGCUUUUGUGUUAGGCAUUUUCCAAGAUCGGCCCACUUCUUACGGCAACAAUCGCCAAGAAAAAGGAUCCUAAAAAGCCUGGUCUGUAUAUUGCACAUUUGUCUUCAUUUAGAAUAAAUAAGAUCUUCCAUUCGUUGUGGAUUUCCUCAAACAGAGGGUAAAAUAAUAACUUUAUAUACUUUUUAGUUCCCCAAGAUCAUGGAAACAAGGAAUAAAUCUAACUCACUCGGGUGUGAUAAUUGUGAUAACCUUAUUGGUCUAGACCAAUCUGUAUUUUGGUAGCUUUCUUGGUUGGAGCGAGGCUCUGUGGGUGUAACUAGAUGUCGUACCUGGGAACACAACACAACGCCUCGGCCAGGGCUUGAGCCCAGACCUCUUGAUUCAGCCUGCCGACCGUUAAGCCCUUAUGUCUCCCACAAGAACAAAUUUCAAUUGAGUGUCGAAAGUCCCCUGAAACUACUUUGGUUUUGCUUUUCUUUCUAUUUUGAUUGGUUCAGGAAACUCGCCACACUUUUUCAACCAAUCAGAUUCAAAACUAAACCCAAUUGUGUCUUGAUUAACCCCGUUUUCCUGUGUUUCACUGAAACAGAUUUCUUAUUUUUACUUUGAGUUUUUUUUUAUUGGCUCCAUAUGUUAUGUCUCUCAAUUCUGAUUGGCCUUUAUAUUUUAUGUCCCUCAAUUCUGAUUGGUUCCAUAUGUUAUGUCCCUCAAUUCUAAUUGGCCGUUCUUUUACUUGAACUUAUAGUUUCUCCUCGCUUGCUUUCCCAAAAAUGAUCCCCGCCUGCCUACGUACUCACUUGUCUCUUUAUUUGCAGGAAAUUUGCUUUCCAUGGGUUACGGAUUUGUAGAAUACAAGAAAAGAUCGGACGCUUUACGUGCAAUUACAGAACUCCAGGUUUGUUAGAUUCAUCGUGGAGUUUCUGAGAAAGGUAUUACAAAUGAUGAAAUGACGCGGCUGGCUUCGCAUGCCGGGAGUUGAAUCGGCAAGAAGCACGACCAAGAAACUCUCUGAUCAGAAGAAUUUAACCCAAGUACCUCUUAUUUUCUAGGAGAUAGUAUUUCUUGAAUCGUAAUUGACACUAGUCUGAAACAACUCAUUGUUUCAUUUAUUACAUUUCCUGGUUUAUCUUUGUUAAUCGGAAACCUUUGGAUGAAUUUUUUAAAAACAUUUUGUGGUGAAGUUUUCUGUGAAAUAGGAGAGUAAAUGUAGAAGGUUUUGUUUUAAGUUGAGCUGGAAAAUUUGAUUGUAACAAUAUUGUUUUCGUUUUUGUCAGAAAUCUCUUCUGGAAGGCCAUACUUUGGAGCUCAAAAUGUCACACAGAAAACCAAGGUAGGUGAACUCCCACGAAUGGCCAGAAAGCAAUGACUCCUUAAAAAGUUGAUUACAUUGUGAAGAAGAAAGCUGACGAGAUCAGGAAAGACUGUCGAAUAAGGGAUUUUUCCUGAUUUAGACGCAAAUUCACAGGCCUGAAGUUCUAAGGAAUGAAUGGCAGAUAGAGUAGAGAUUUUGGGUGUUAAAAGUUAUCCACGAGUGGUUAUCGAUCUAGAGUCGUCAAACCUAACUUAGAGCAAUUGCAUCGGAUAGACGCAACAAAUGUUAACAGCCGAACGAUCCAAUGAGAAGCUUAAGCAAAUUCACGUGACUGGCCUGAAGCCCCCUGAAAAACGGCUCUGACCGAGUCACGUGUAGUUCGGGCUGAUUGGUUGUAUUUGUGGCACGAUAAUUUUGAACGAAUCUUAGCGCGAAUGUCAAAACCAAUGGAAGGCGAAUAUGAAUUGUCAGAGACGAUAUUGAAAUACAAUUUGAUGUAACACAGAGCAAAAGUAUCUCCACAGAAAAGUUCGACGGUCAUGCCUCAACUUCCAUUUCGUCUGUAUAUUGGUAUUACUAUUAUUAUUUUUUUUUUUUCAGUGAGAAGGUAGCACAGCGUAAAUCUGCUUCGACCAAGAAACAAACCAGUUCGAAAAUUCUGGUGCGAAAUGUUCCUUUUGAAGCGUCAAAGAAAGAAAUCAAAGAACUUUUUGGGUACGUAUAAUGGUUUUUCUGGGUGAUUAGUCGGUUACUCUGCUGAACUCUAAACUAUCGACAAUGUCAGGGUUCUUGCCAGCUCAUCAUGUUGUGGUGUUGGGUAAGGCACUGUACUCUCACAGCGACUCUCUCCACCUUGGAGAAGAAAUGGACACUGGAGAACUGUCAGCGAAGCCUGACAAAAUGUGAAGGGAGGGGAGGGGAGGGGGGUAAACCUGCGAUCCUUUGCUCUCCUAUGCCCCCCUAUGCCUUCCUAUGCUUCUGUGCUGUGUUUUAGCUUCGGUUUUACAUGGAAGCAAUAAAGCACUUUUCUCUCGGCACCUCGGCACUCGUGUCAUGAGUUAAUUAGUCCAGAGUUAAAUAAUCCAAGUGUUUAUUAGGAGAUUCAUUAAACAAUUAAGCUCCGGGUCAUUCUUUUCUGAGCUGUGUAUUUUGUUUUUAUGAUAGCACUUUUGGGGAGAUAAAAACGUUGAGGCUUCCUCAGAAGCAAGCUGGAACUGGUUCUCACAGAGGAUUUGCUUUUGUUGAUUUUCUCACCAAACAAGAUGCUAAAGUAAGUACUUGUUACGUUACCCAGUACAGAAAGUAGAUAUUCGCCUGUCAGUCUGUUCUUGAAGUAUCUGUGGGUUUGUGCGUGUUAUCCGAGGAGCACAACAAACCCCUUUGUGGUGAGAACGAGCAUGAUCAAGUUGAUGUGUUAGCAGUGAUUUCAAUUUCCUGUCUGCAAACCUGAUCCUGACUCAGAGAUCAGUAACACGCUCUAAGAAAGACUGCAAUGUUACCUUGCAGUCCUUUUUACUGUUCACAGUCGUUUGCUUUAUCGAGUAUGUCUCGAUCGAGGGAUGCUUGAAGCUUUUAGAACAUGAUACAAAUGUCAGUAUUAAAGAAUCACGAAAUGAAAAUGAAACUGUCCGAACUUGAAUUCGUGAUCGCCUCUUCCUGAGCUUAAAGUUCGGGUUACACGGUUUCUGAAACAUAAGUACGUUUUCUCCUCUCGUCUGAUGGAGAGCAUUAAGCAGAGAUGGAUCUGUUUUGUAGCGCGCGUUUGAGUCCCUUUGUAGCAGUACCCAUUUGUAUGGGCGAAGACUGGUACUGGAAUGGGCCGAAGACGAAGACAGUGUGGAUGCUUUGCGAAAGAGAACCGCUGAACACUUUCAUGGCAGUAUCCUUUGUAAAUAAAGUUGGUAUUUCUUCAAUCAAUGGAUUUGUAGAGCUAUACAUUCAAGUGAAACAGUAACUCGAUUAAGAGGAAUGCAUUUGUUUAGCAGCGGUUUCUAGUAAAACUAUCUUGUCAGAGGGUGUUCUUUGUUUUUGUUGUUUGCUGUUCUUUUAUUUCUUCCCUUAACUUUGUCUUCAGCUCCAAAAACCGCUAAGAAAAAGAAAGAUAUUCUGGACGAUCUUCUAGACUCAGAAAUGCACCAAUAACUGAGCAGUAUUCUGUAGCAGGCAGUCGUUACUCUACGGUUUGCUGUUGUUAUCCGCCGUAAUUACCAAGUUACGAUCCAACGAGGGAGUAAACAUACAUUUUGAGCGAGGGCCUUUCUCAAGGAACGCAUAUUCAUGUAUCGCAGACAGUAACUCGCCAUGAAUUUGCAUUUGUACCGUCGACAUCCGUGGCUUUAAUGAAGAAUCCGCUUUUAUUCUCGUCAGCUUAAUACUGGAAGAGGACAAGACUUGAAAGUCACUGCAAUCACCUCUCUGUGAUUUGGUGAGGAUAAGCAUUAAAAAUUCUCGACAGCUAUUGAGUGAAAUAAUUGAAAAUUGGUUUUAAGAAUUUACUUAUAUCUACGAGAACUUGGUGGAAGUCGAUGUAAUCCUUUCCGCGGAAAGAAAAAUUAACGGAAGGUAAAUAUAAUGGCUUUUAAUGAGACAAUUGAUAAUUACUUCUUUCUCCUGACACCUAUUUUGUGCUAGUUUGUCAGAAAUAAAGCUAAAGACUAGUUAGUUGCAAGGGUAAUGUGUUAAAAAUGAUAAAAACAGAC